AUGUCCACCCUCCUCGCCGGCAGCAUCCGCCUCCUCAACAAACAUCUCCCUGUCUGCGGCCUCGUCAUCUGGCUCCUCGUCGGCGUCCUCACCGGGGACAGCGACAUGCUCCCCUCACAACAGACGCAUUGCCCGACAUGCUCCCGCCUAGGAGCCCCGCCUGCAAUGGGCUUGGACCCGUUUGCGGCUUACCUCGACCAGGCGGAGGCGCUGCCCGGUGGACAUGUACCGGUGGGGAUAUUCCGUGCAAAACACGGCAGCCACCCAAUCUUCCGUGGCAUGCGCAACCUUGUCCGCAAGCUCAGCGGGAGCAAAACCGGCGGGCCCAUGCCACCCCGCGGCGCUGAGGAAGCCACUAAGAUGUACCGACGCGUGACCCUCGCUGCCCCCCUUAAUAUCAAGAUUCACGAUGCCGCCGACGCGGAGCUGGACGCGGACGGGGACUGCGUCGUCGGCGAGGCAAACUCGGAUGGCCGGGGCCACGUGCCGAACUUAAUUGCCGAGAAGCAGGCGCGGCUCAGAAGGGCCGAGAGGUUGCUCACCAGGAGCCAUGGAGGCCGUUAA